UGCCUUGACUCUCCUACCCGCCAUCCUCUCCCGCCCCUCUCCUCCUCUUCCCCCCGCUCCCCUCGCCCACCCAACCCCCCAUUGCCUUCUCCCACGGUCCCCUCCUCGGCCUCCAAGAUAGAUUCACUCAGGAGCAAGGUUGACCUGCUCAAGCUGCCGCUGGCCCUCUCCACCAAGUCUAUCUCCGAGCGCAAGAUCCAGCUGGGCGGCGUCGGCAAGCCGUGCGGCACGGGCGGAGGAGGAGGAGGAAGCGGGGCUCACAAAGCCCGCUCGCCGCCCGCCCGAGACAUGGACAACGAAUCCCAGUACUCCGGCUACUCGUACAAGUCGUCCCACUCCCGGAGCUCCCGCAAACACAGGGAUCGGAGGCAUCGCUCCAAAAGCAGAGAUGGCAGCAGCCGCGGAGACAAGUCGGUGACAAUCCAGACGCCCGGAGAGCCGCUGCUCGACGCCGAGUCCACCCGCGGGGACGACCGGGAUGACAACUGGGGCGAGACCACCACCGUUGUCACGGGGACGUCGGAGCACAGCAUCUCCAAUGAGGACCUGACCCGAGUCACCAAGGACCUGGAGGAGUCGACACCCCUGGAGUGCAAGCGCUUCCUGGGCCCGGCGCUGGGCGGCUGCCUGAGCUUCUUUGCGCUGGUGACGCCGCUGGCCUUCCUGGUGCUGCCGCACGCGCUGUGGCGCGACACCCUGGAGCCGUGCGGCACGCCCUGCGAGGGCCUCUACGUCUCGCUGGCGUUCAAGCUGCUGGUGCUGCUCAUCUCCUCGUGGGCGCUGUUCCUGCGCCCGCCGCGCGCCACCCUGCCGCGCUUCUUUGUCUUCCGCUGCCUGCUCAUGGUGCUGGUCUUCCUCUUCGUGGCAUCCUACUGGCUCUUUUACGGCGUGCGCGUGCUGGAGCCCCGCGAGCGAGACUACCGGGGCAUCGUGGAGUACGCCGCCUCGCUGGUAGAUGCGCUGCUGUUCAUCCAGUACCUGGCGCUGGUGCUGCUGGAGGUGCGCCAUCUGCAGCCCGCAUUCUGUCUCAAAGUGGUGCGCAGCACGGACGGGGCCAGUCGCUUCUACAACGUGGGCCACCUCAGUAUCCAGCGGGCUGCCGUGUGGGUUUUGGACCACUACUACAACGACUUCCCUGUCUACAAUCCCGCCCUGGUCAACCUGCCAAAAUCCAUUCUGUCCAAGAAGAUGACAGGCUUCAAAGUCUACUCACUGGACGGAAACUUUUCCUGCACAGAAAACCCUGCCAAUAAUUCCACGGGCCAGUCGCGCGCCAUGAUCGCUGCCGCCGCCAGGAGGCGAGACAACUCCCACAACGAGUUCUACUACGAGGAGGCAGAGAUGGACCGCAGGAUCCGCAAGCGCAAGGCCAGGCUGGUGGUGGCAGUAGAAGAGGCGUUCACGCACAUCAAGCGCCUCCAUGAAGAGGAGGCAGCGUUGACCUCGUCCCCAAAACACCCACGCGAGGUGAUGGACCCCCGCGAGGCGGCGCAGGCCAUCUUCGCCCCCAUGGCGCGGGCCAUGCAGAAGUACCUGAGGACCACGCGGCAGCAGGCUUUCCACAGCAUGGAGAGCAUCCUCACACAUCUGCAGUUCUGCAUCACGCACAACAUGACGCCCAAGGCCUUCCUGGAGCGUUACCUGAGCCCGGGGCCCACCAUGCAGUACCAACAGCAUAACGGCAGGGGGCGCCAGUGGACACUGGUGAGCGAGGAGCCCGUAACAGCGGCCUUGCGCCAAGGCCUGGUCUUCUCCGUGCGCCGCCUUGACUUCUCCCUGGUGGUCACCGUCACGCCGCUGCCCUUCCUGCGCCUUGGCGAGGAGUUUGUGGACCCCAAAAGCCACAAGUUUGUCAUGCGGCUUCAGUCCGAGACGUCCGUGUGAAGGACGCCAAAAAACAACCUCAAAUCAGCUCUGGAUGCCUUUGACUGGUGUUGUUAUUGCAGCACAUUGUUGAAAAAAAAACAUUUUUUUUACAAAGGCGCCUUUUUUUGUUGUAACCACUGAACUGGCAUUACACUACCACGACUAUGAUGUUGCGUCCGCUCAGCUGGAAAAGUGACUGCAACGCACCACCGCUGCCCCACCGCAGCUGGUUCCUUACUGUUUUGUACCCCUUUUUCCUUUCAUACAAAGCACGAUCUAGGGCCACACUGAUAAAACAAAUCAUUAUUUUGUUAUGUUUUCAUGAUGAGAAUAGCAAAUUCAAAAAAACAAGAAAAUGUAAAGCAAAUAAAUGCAGGCCCAUUGGAAUUUUUUUUUUUUUUUUGAUAGUUAAAAAUGCCAUUGGCAAUUAUUAGACCAAUAAUACUUGAAAUAAUCAUGUUGCAUCUGUCUGGACUAAAUAAAUGAAGCGAAUAAACACACAUUUUCACAUAGUCACACAAAAAUAUUACAGUUCAAUUACAAUUGCAUGAAAAAAAUGACUUGAUUCGUGGUAAAAAAAAAUGCAACUUGUACUUUAAACCUAGAAAUAUGCUACUUUUUAAAAAGUCCACUUGCGCUAAAGAAAUGUGACUUCAUUCUUGAAAAUGCACCUGUCUUUAAAAAUCUAACCUUUAUCCUGAGAAAUAAGAAUUCUUGAAGUUAGACUUCAGUCUUGGAAAAGUCGGCUUUUUGAUGUGAUUUUAUUCUCAAAAUUGGCAUUACUUUUGGAAAAAUACCAUUUUAUUCUUGAUACGAAUCCCUUCAAAAGACUCCAACUUCUUUUUUUGAUACAACUGUUUUAUUGGAGGUGAGAAUCCAGUUUGAAUCUUGUCGUGUGGCCCAGAUCUUCGGUACUCACUUCAGAAUGUAGCAACUUAUGUGCGCAAAUAACAUUUUUUUCUAGAUUCUCUGUCUUUGUGUUCAUGUUUGCGAUUAGCGUUGAUGUUUCACUUUAACACACAAAAACAACACCUUUACACUUAAAACAUAAAUAUAUGUGUAAAACCAAGCAACAUUCCUCUUUUAAGUAGCUUUAACAACAGGUGACAACAUAACAUUUAGUGGGUGCAUUUCCUGCUCUUAUCUGUUGACUGACAUGCUCGCAUUAAGCUAAUUUAUUUUUUCUAAAUGUGGAUUUUUCUUAAUGUAACAAACCUAUCAAAGUCUCAUCCCCCAUCUUGAUACUUUUGCUUUUGCAUAUCAGUAAACCAUAAACUGCCUUAAGUGGUCAGAUGUUGUGCAAGUGAUGUCCGGCACAUUUCUAACAGAAACAUCCAAACGGAAAGAACUCCUCACCAGAGUUUUUUUACAGCUCCAAAAGGUUGCAUUUUUAUUCAAAAAAAAUUGUAAGGUGCCUAAGUUAUGAUGCAACUUUUCUCCGAAUGUUUCUACGAGUGGCCUGUAAAAAAACAAUGAAUGCUAACGUAGAUUUUUGGGGGGGUCUUUGUAUUUUCCUUUUUUAUGUUUUUGUUAACUCUUGUUAGCAUUGUAUAGCGUGUUGUUAGUACUUUUCCAGCAUUAAACCCUGUUAUUCCGUA